AUGACUGACGAUGACGGUGAUGAUGAUGAUGAUGAUGACGACGGUGACGAUGAUGAUGACGACAAUGAUGAUGAUGGUGGUAAUGAUGAUGAUGGCGAUGAUGGAGACAAUUACGAUGAUGAUGACGAUCAUGAUGUUGAUGACGAUGAUGAUGAUGAUGAUGAUGAUGACAGUGAAGAUGAUGAUGACGAUGACUAUGACGAUGACGGUGACGAUGAUGAUGACGAUGAUGAUGAUGAUGACAAAUACGACGACUAUGACGAUGACGGUGACGUUGACCAGGACGACGUCGGUGACGAUGAUGAUGACGAUGAUGAUCACGAUGACGGUGACGGUGACGAUGACAGUGACAGUGAUGAUGACGAUAACGAUGAUGACGACGAUGAUUGUGACUAUGACGAUGACGAUGACGAUGACGAUGAUCAUGACUCGGUUUAG